GCUGGGCAACAACGCAGGCGUACGGACAUAAAGAGCCAUCGAAACGCCGAAUAGCUCCGUGUGUAUUUUAGAAAAGCGGGUUAUCUUCUGUCAGCGUCAAUGGACGUGAUCCAGAAACAAUACAACUCAGUUAGAAACAAAUAAGAACUAGGCUUAUCCCCGCUGUCAGUUCACCUAUGAUGGAACGGGCGAUGGAGCAGCUUAAUGUACAGCUCAGUCGACUGACCCGCUCCCUCCGCCGGGCCAGAACCGUGGAACUUCCAGAGGACAAUGAGACUGCAGUCUACACCCUUAUGCCAAUGGUCAUGGCUGACCAGCACAGGUCUGUGUCAGAGUUGCUCCUCAACUCCAAGUUUGAUGUGAACUACGCCUUUGGACGGGUAAAGAGAAGUUUACUACACAUUGCUGCCAACUGUGGGUCAGUGGAGUGUCUUGUUCUACUGCUGAAGAGAGGAGCCAAUCCAAACUAUCAGGACAUCUCGGGCUGUACCCCUCUGCACCUAGCUGCUAGGAAUGGACAGAAGAAGUGCAUGGGGAAAUUAUUGGAAUAUAAUGCUGAUGUCAAUAUCUGCAACAAUGAGGGCUUGACUGCUAUCCACUGGUUGGCAGUUAAUGGGCGAACAGAGCUUCUGCAUGAUCUGGUCCAGCAUGUGUCUAAUGUGGAUGUGGAGGAUGCCAUGGGACAAACUGCUUUGCAUGUAGCGUGUCAGAAUGGACACAAAACAACGGUGUUGUGUCUUCUCGACAGUGGAGCUGACAUCAACCGGCCUAAUGUCUCUGGAGCCACACCUCUUUACUUUGCUUGCAGCCAUGGCCAGAGAGACACUGCACAGAUCCUGCUCUCUCGUGGUGCCAAAUACCUUGCUGACAAAAAUGGAAUCACUCCUUUGGAUCUCUGUGUGCAGGGUGGAUAUGGGGAGACCUGUGAGAUUCUUAUUCAGCACCAUGCUAGAUUGUUCCAGAUGCUAAUCCAGAUGACACAGAAUGAAGACGUCAAAGAAAAUAUGCUCAGGCAGGUUUUGGAGCAUGUCUCUCAGCAGAAUGACAUUCACUACCAGAGGGUUUUGACCAGUCUUGCAGAAGUGGCUACAACUAAUGGACACAAGCUUCUGAGUCUGUCCAGUAGUUAUGAAGCUCAGAUGAAAAGUCUUCUGAGAAUUGUUCGCAUUUUCUGCCACGUGUUCCGCCUUGGGCCUUCUUCACCCAACAAUGGUAACGAUAUGGGCUACAAUGGGAACAAGACGCCUCGAAGCCAGGUCUUUAAGCCCUUGGAGCUGCUUUGGCACUCACUGGAUGAGUGGUUGAUGCUAAUCUCUACAGAGCUGGAAAGAACAAGGAAAAACCCAUCUUCCUCCUCUUCCAGCAGUGAGAUAGCAUCCCUUCUGCUCAAGCAGCGGGAGUCGGACCACUCUGGCACCACGCCAAAGCUCUCCUUGCUGGAUCACCAGAUUGUCAUGGAAGCAGAGGCCUACGCUGAUGGGGAGGAUGUCAUCUCCAUGACAGCCAAUCGUCUCAGUGCCGUUAUUCAGGCCUUCUACAUGUGCUGCUCGUGUCAGAUGCCACAAGGAAUGACCUCCCCUCGCUUUAUAGAGUUUGUCUGUAAGCAUGACGAGGUGCUGAAAUGUUUUGUAACCAGGGAUCCAAAGAUAAUCUUUAACCAUUUCCAUUUUCUGCUUGAGUGUCCAGAAUUGAUGUCACGAUUUAUGCACAUUAUUAAGAACCAGCCUUUUAAGGAUCGCUGUGAGUGGUUCUACGAGCACCUGCUGGCUGGCCAGCCAGACUCAGACAUGGUCCAUCGUCCUGUUAAUGAGAGUGACAUCCUUCUCAUCCACAGAGACUCGAUAUUCAGGAGCAGCUGUGAGAUGGUUUCCAAGUCCACCAAUGAAAAGCUCAAACAGGGUAUAGCUGUUCGCUUUCAUGGUGAGGAAGGCAUGGGCCAGGGUGUGGUCCGGGAGUGGUUUGACAUACUGUCCAAUGAAAUGAUCAACCCUGACUAUGCUCUAUUCACCCAGUCAGCUGAUGGUACAACCUUCCAGCCAAACAGCAACUCCUCAGUGAAUCCAGACCAUCUAAACUACUUCCAGUUUGCAGGUCAGAUCUUGGGUCUGGCUCUGUACCACCGACAGCUGGUCAACAUCUACUUUACCCGCUCCUUCUACAAACACAUCCUGGGUAUUCCAGUGAACUACCAGGAUGUGUCGUCUAUUGAUCCAGAAUAUGCUAAAAACCUGCAGUGGAUCUUGGAUAAUGACAUCAGUGAUCUGGGUCUGGAGCUAACCUUUUCUGUUGAGACAGAUGUGUUUGGAGCAAUGGAGGAAGUGCCACUCAAACCUGGAGGGAGCAGCAUCCUGGUCACUCAAGACAACAAGGCGGAGUACGUCCAGCUGGUGACAGAACUGAGGAUGACACGAGCCAUCCAGCCUCAGAUAAACGCCUUCUUGCAAGGAUUUCACACCUUUAUUCCCCCAUCGCUCAUACAGCUAUUUGACGAAUAUGAAUUGGAGCUCCUUCUGUCAGGGAUGCCAGAGAUUGAUGUGGAGGAUUGGUGCACAAACACUGAGUACACCAGUGGCUAUGACCCUGAGGAUCCUGUGAUUCAGUGGUUUUGGGAGGUGGUGAGGAGCCUCACCCAGGAAGAACAUAUUUUACUGCUUCAGUUUGUCACUGGAAGUUCCAGGGUUCCUCAUGGUGGCUUUGCGUACCUGAUGGGUGGCAGCGGUUUGCAGAAAUUCACUAUUGCUGCAGUGCCAUACACAUCCAACCUGCUACCUACUUCCAGCACCUGCAUCAACAUGCUGAAACUGCCAGAAUACCCAGGCCAGGAGGUUCUCCGAGACCGACUGCUGGUAGCUCUGCAUUGUGGGAGCUACGGGUACACCAUGGCCUAAAAAUCCUUUUGCUGUGAGGGUUUCCAGUUCUUCUCAGUUGCUGAUCUCAUAACUGAAAUAGAGGAUAUUAUUAUUAGUUCUAGUAGUACUAUUAAGUUUUCAACAAAAUGCUUGGAAAAACGUUGAACAAAUAUCACAGGUUUUGCAAACAUCUGCGGCAGAAUUUUUGUUGUUUAAAGCAUUGCAUCUUCAAUGUAGUAGUUUAUGCAAAGAAGUAUAAGGAGGUUUCUCAGUAUUCCAGGAGUUGAUCAGUUUUAUGUGCAAAGCCUAAUCAUAUUACUGGUAUAAGGUGAUAUGAAGUCUAGCUGAUAUAACAGAACAAAGUGAAUUGUGGUUGUUUCCAUUCAAUAUUUUUUUUUUUUUCAUUAGGCCUCUUACUCUUUUUAUCCGAGCAUAAUAAGAACACAGUUUUAAAACAUUGGCACUAUGAUUUUUAUUUUUUUUUAUUUUUUACAAAAGCCUCUUUACUAUGUAGAAAUCAAGCUCUUUCUGCAUUUGUAAAAUCAAAAAGUCAGUUGCCAAAAUGUUGUACUCACCAUACAUUUUAAGGCGGUUACGGGUCAUUUUGCCCCUUCACCAUUUUGUACCCUUACAUUAACAUUUUGUCCCUUCCUACCACUAUGAAUUAUCCAUAAACAAUCUAUUUUACCUCAGCCUGCCUACCCUUUCUUCCUGACAUAUUUAACAAGUUUUACACAUGUACUUACCAAAGUGUAUACUUUUCUCUCAUUUGGUCGGCCUUGUUUCUGGUUUUGGCUGAGUUAUGAAGAUAAAUAUUAGUUAAUUAAUAUUCAUUUGUAAUAUUUUUGCAAUGACUGAAAAUCCAUAAAAAACAUGUGAUUCUGGAAUAUGUAUGUCUAAAAUUGUGUGGUAAUAUUGUAUAAAGUGGGUUAUAUGUGAUUUCUGCAGGCAGAAGGGAACCACAUGAUAUAUUGAAUCCUUGUUUAAAACAUCCUUUAGGCAGGUACCAAAUGUCUUUGAGGUUGGUAAGAACUGCCGCAUGGUUGGUACAUAGCACCCCAUGGCAGACAGCACUACUCCAGACACGAAAAAUCUGGUACGCAAUGAAAAAAUUGCAAAGAUAUGGAAUGGCAAAGGGGCAACAUGACCAGCACCAAAUACAACAUGAAAGGGAUGGAAUUUCAGAUCAUGGGCUGAUGUCAGAAAGUGUGACCAUAUCAUCUUCAACCUGUCUGUAAUGAAUUGCUUGUAAUAAAUAAAAUGUGUAUUAGUGUGUUUAGCAUUGAUACUGAAUGGUGGUAUCUUUAGCUCCCAUUCCCAUUUUACUUUAUAACAUGAAUUAUUACAUUGAGUAAACAUUUUAGCCUGAAUGCAGUUGAACUGUCCCACAGGACCAUUACUGGAAUCUUUAGUUAUUUAAGGAGGUUUUUCACCACAAAAAGAAAAAACACCAGAUUUGGGUGAUGGAGACCUUGGUCUGUGCACCGUGUUUAAGAGGGUCCAAAGUGUUUUCUAUUUGCCGCCACAGCUCCUGGAGCUCUCCAAUCAAACUCUACAGAUGGUGUCAUGUGAUUGGCUGUACAGAGUUGUACUGUUUUUGAUGUUUUGCUGUUUGUCUGGAAUGAAGACCAAUAUUCUAAAGUCAAACCUAUUUGUUUGUGCUUGUCCAAAUGUCAGGCUUGUAGUGCCAAAAACAGUGAGACGUUUUACUUUACUUGUUAUUGUUUUUGCUAUUGAUGCAAAAUCAUGCUGAAAAAGGUGAGGAGGAUGAAUGUGCCACAUCCUUUUUUAUUUCUAAAGGGAAUUUAGACAGUCAUUUAAUAUAUCAGUGCAUGUGUCAGUGUUGUUUUCAGUUCAUGCCUGAAAUGCUGAUAGAAACAUGAUAUUGUUCGUUGUAAAAGGAGUGUUUACAAAUAUUGUACUGUACAUUUCUUCAGCAUCAAAUUAUGUAUUUUACCUUUGAAUAACUGAAUUUAGAUUUGAUCUAAUAAAUGAAAUUAUUUCAUAA